AUGGAGCCCGUGGGUGCUACCGCCAGCAUACUCACGUUUGUAACUGUGGCAUUUUCCGCUACCAAGUCAAUUUACGGCGCCCUAUCAAAGCUUGAGCAAAUGGUCAAGAAAUGCAGAGAUGAUUUGGUCGGAUUCGAGGUCAAACUUCGCCAACUGGAUGUCUCGGGAGCCGACGGUCGAAGAGGCCAAUUAUGGCGAAAGCUAAAGAUUUGCUUUGAGGAGAAAGAACUCGAUCGGAUGCGUCAUAGUGUCGGGAGGCAUGUCCAACUGGUCACACUCUACUUGGGCACCAUUCAGGACCAGCAGUCGUCGCUCAUCGCGAAACAAUCAACGGAAAUACUUGCCCGUAUUCAACAACUCCAGCAGUCAUCGUCUACAUCAACACAGUCAACAGAGAUACUUAACCGUAUUGAGUACCUCCAGCAAACAUCACCUUCCGCAACACAAUUAAAUAAUGUGCUUGUUUCUCUCCAACAACUCCAGCAGAGUAUGGCGACACUGCAAACAUCCAGCACAUCUGCCCAAAAUAAAAUUGGGUCAUCGGGCAUUUCAUCAAGGGUUGUAGAACUAGACGACGAGGACUCACCGAUCUCGCAGCAGACCGCUUUAGAUGAUACUAUCGCUCGAUUGAUGCGGUUACUUGAAAAGAGACCAUCCAUUGUGGAAUUUUAUGACGCACAGGAAAUAUUUGAGGACCUGGAGCGGCUAUUGCACUCUGUUCGGGAUGAUGCACAGUCUAGAAACGUGAGAGAAGGAAAUGAGGAUCAGGAUGCAGACGUCUCAAAGGAGAUGAAGCUUUUCACAAGUCUGCUUUUCUCGGCUCAGUCUUUAAGAGUCAAUCAAACCGUCUACGAAGCCAAGAGCUGCGAUCCUCCAACAAAGGAAGCGGAAAGAAAUGGACACCGGCGACAAUGUCCUUACAGUCACGACAACGAAACGACGGAGGAAGCUUCUCCCUGUGUCACAAAACCCUCUAGACAGCGAAAUAUGCGGAUGGAGGUUCCUUGGAAGUCUAACCGUAAAAUCCAAGACUAA